AUGUUCGUCGCCGACGUUAUGGGGUCGAGGGAAGCAUCACUGACAGAUGGGGAAGAGGCAGGUGCUACAGCUGCCGCUACUCACGGCGGAACCUGCGGUACGUACUUACAGCCGCACAUCGUUGCUGAGAAGAACGGCGAGACUGCGGAGGGCCUCUCGGUGCAUUGCCAGUCGGACGUUCGGUGCGAUGAGAAGCCUUUGUGGCGCGUCAUCGUAGUCAUCGUCUAUCAAUCGAUUAUGCCAAUCACCUCGUCGGGGUAUGGAGGAACGCGGAGGUCGCAGCUUCUCUUCCAUCGCCUCCUCCAGACAAGGCCUAAGGCUUCUCGUGGGGGAGCCUGGGAAGAACGGGGCCUUUCGAAACAUAGACUCAUUCUGGAGUUUGGAACUGUGCACGCGUAG